AUGUGGUCGUCGCCGCUAACUAAAGUUGCCAUCGUAACAGCAACUGGUGUAUUAGGUGCAACAUUGUGGAUAGAAAACAGACUCCAGCAUAAUUUCAGAAAACAGGACUACUACCAGAAAUCACUAGCUCUCCUACACAAGUAUGAGCCUGCAGCCGAUUUUCUGGGACGUCCCAUUUACGGAGGCAAACUUGAUCUGACAGAUGACUCAAAAUUUAGAGUUGAGCUUAUUAAAGCAACGGUAUGCAUCCCUCUAAAAGGACCAAAAGGCAAGGGUGUCCUUCACGUGCUGGCAAGCAGGGAGAAACUUGGAGACAGGUGGGACAUUGAUCUUUUGGAUCUGGAGGUUCUCAACAACAAACAAAGAUGGACUUUCUAUGACAGGAGACUGACUCAAGCAAGUGACCAUCCAUCACAUACAUUAGAGACCCCCACAGACAAUGUGUAA